AUGGAUGCCGCAGGGAGUCUGACCAUUGAGCCAAUUGCGAAUACUCGAGCCAAUCCGGCGGCGGAACAUGUCCUGGCUAAGCCCGAGAUCAUGGAGCGUACCUGGGGUCUGGAAGCUCGAGUCGAUGAUACCGUCUCCUUCGAGGAAUAUGAGUAUUGGGCUAAACUUGAGCGUGUUGAUGAAGUGGAACGAAACCGCCAGUACGUUGAGAAGCGCGGUCCACGUACGGUAGCCACGGUCCUGAAGGCGCGAUUUUCGCACGGCCAUCAUCAUGAGGAGAAGAAGGAGCAAGAAGGUGCUAGCAAUGUUCUUCAACAUGCUAUGGAGAUCGUGGUUGAACAGAAGAAUCCAACCAGCACUCAGCACAAUGAAGUAACCGCGACAGAAGAAGAGUGGAAAACUGCAGCCAGGGCAUUGAAGACAGCCAGCUGGGGAACCAUAUUCUUCCUAAUCACAACUGACAUCCUCGGUUGGGCAUCUACCCCAUACGCAUUUUCUACCGUCGGUUAUGGCCCGGGAACAGCUCUCUAUAUCAUCUUCUCUAUUGCAGCUGGCCUUAGUGGUUGGAUCUUAUGGAAAGUUUGCAUGCAUCUUGAUUCUUCUCAGUACCCCAUCUUGAGUUACGGCGACCCUUUCUUCCGUAUCUUUGGCAAAAAAUCACGCCACUUUAUCAACGUCACGCAAGCCUUCCAGCAAUUCAUGACCGUUGCUGUGCUUAUUCUGGGAAGUGGAACGAUCAUCGCUCAGCUGUCGAGCGGAUCAGUGUGCUAUAUUGCCUGCCUCGUGAUCUUCACGGCCUUUGGUAUCAUUGCUGGCUUGAUUCGUGGCUUGCAGCAUGUCGGCUGGCUGGCCAACCUGUCCGUUUGGCUCAAUAUCGUCAGCUUUCUCAUUGUCAUGGUUGCCGCUGCCAAGUACCCAGUCUAUUACCCGGCUACCACUCAGGGCACGCGCAUUCAUGAUGUUGAAUCUAUUGUGAAGUUUGCGGGACCUCCCCCGUCGCAGUAUCAGCCUGCAGCUGUUGGAUUUGCGGGACAGUUGAACGGAAUCAACCAGAUGGUUUACAGCUGGGGCGGUGCUCUGCUCUUCGUGGCUUUCAUCGCCGAAAUGCGACAUCCGAUGGACUUCUGGAAGGGACUUCUAUGUGCCCAGAUUUUUAUCUGUGUCGUGUACAUUUUCUUCGGCGUCUUUGUUUACUCCUUCUAUGGCCAAUACUCCGCCCUAGUUAUCACAACUGCAGUUCAGCCUCUCUCAUUGCAGACGGUUAGUAACGUAUUUGCCCUAUUGACAGGUGGCAUUGCAUGUGUCAUGUACUUCAAUAUUGGUAUGAAGACAGUCUACAUCGAGGUGUUCCAGGAAAUCUUCCACUUCCCCGCAAUUACCACUACAAAGGGGCGUUGGAUUUGGUACACCUUGGGUCCCCUCUACUGGGUCAUCGCCUUCAUUGUUGCCGCGUCCGUUCCAAAUAUGGGUGGUAUCUCGGGCCUCGUCGGAGCUCUGCUCAUCCUCAACUUUACCUACACAUUCCCGGCCCUCUUGAACAUUGGCUUCAACUGCCAGCUCGGUGCCCAGCUUCCUGGCGAAGGCUUCGACCCAACCACUCGCGUCACCACGAGACAUGACAACGGCUGGAAGAGAUGGGUUCGUGGAUACUUCAAGCGGUGGCCAGUCAAUACUGCCAGCACUGUUUACUUUAUGGGCGGUCUCGUCCUUUCCGGUAUGGGUGCGUGGGCAUCUAUUGAGGCUUUGAUUGUGUUCUUCAGCGGAGAAGGCUCAGUUGCCACCUCAUGGGGAUGCGCUAUUCCUGUGUAG